UUAAGUGUUAACUGUAUAAACUGCUCAGAGUACCUAACAGUUGACAAAACACCAAGUUGGUUUCAAGUAAAUUAUAUAAAUUAUAUAGUUUGAUCUAAUUUAUAAGCUUCAUCAUGUCCACGGAUGAUGACGACGAUGACGAAUACAUCAUACACGGGAAAUUGUUGGAUCCCAUACACGAAGAUGAGGUAGUUAAAAGAAAAGAUGCGGAACAACAGUUUGUUAAAGACGAAAACGGGAGGAGAAGAUUUCAUGGAGCAUUUACAGGUGGUUUUUCUGCUGGAUUUUAUAAUACUGUUGGUUCGUUAGAAGGAUGGACACCAAGCACAUUUAAAUCAUCAAGAGACUCAAAAUCUACACUUAAAUCACAAAAUGCUUAUGAUUUUAUGGAUGAAGAAGAUAAAAAAGACUUGGGAAUCGAUGCAUCAAGUUUAAAAAUCAAAGCAGAAUAUAGUGAUCAUUCUUCAAGGAAACGUCAACUUCCUAUAAUUAAUACUGGCCCUAUCCCUGGCAAACCUGUACUUGGAGAAAUUCUAAAACCAAUUAAAGAUACAUGGGGUGUUGAAUUACUGAAAAGUAUGGGCUGGAAGCCAGGUCAAGGAGUUGGUCCUCAACUUACACAACGAGAGAAAUUGCGUGCUAAAAAAGAAUUAGAAAAUGUUGGAAUGAAAUUUAGUAUUGAUACCAAGUAUGGUGAUGAUGAUGAUGAAGUGAAUGAAUUAUUGGAGAACAUUAAAGUUUCACCUUAUGAAUAUGAAUCUGUAGCCAUUAAACCAAAAUUUGAUACUUUUGGACUUGGUUAUGAAGGUCUCAAAACAACUAAUGUUUCUGUAAAAUCUGAGAACAAGUACAGUAAGCUAACUGUUGGAGGAAAAUCUAUUCAUGGACAAGCUUUUGGAGUUGGUGCUUAUGAAGAUGACGAUGAUGAUAUUUAUGCCGCUGACGAUAUGUCAAAUUAUGAUUUUAGUUUGGAAGAAAAGUCUCAAAAAUCAAAAAUUAAAUCAAAAACUAAUAACCUGAAUUCUGAAUGUAUUGACGGAUUUGUUGAAGAUGAAAGUAAACAUGGGUUGUUUGAAGACCUUCCACCCCCCAUACAAAUUCCUCCUGAAUGGCGUCCUCGUGGGAUGUAUGAUCGGAUAGUAGGACAAUGUCCUCCUGAUUUUUUCAGCCAAUCAGUUAAUUCUUCAAAUAUUUCUUACAGUAAUGUGAAUACUAGACAAAGAGAGGUGAAAAAAUUUGAACCUCCUCCAUCUGUUGAAAAAUUUAUUAAAAAAGAAGUUCCUAGUUUAUUAUCAGAAAUAAUAUCUGAUCGAUUUACAAGAGCAACAUUACCGGAUGAUUCUACUAAUGCUUUAAUACCAGUUGUUCGUACUACAGAUCCAACAUUAGAAAGACUCAAAAACUAUGCCAGCAAACAAAUGUAUGGUUUUUGGACUCGUAAAACUGAACCCUGGGUACCCGAAAAAUUACUUUGCAAAAGAUUUAAUAUCCCUGUGCCUAAACAAUCAAUGGUCAAUUAUACAGAAGAUGGUAAGAAGCAUGGAGAGUGCAGUCUCUUUAAUUCUCUAGAAUUUUUAACACAUGAACCUAUAUCAACUUCUGAAACUGAAAUUCCAAAUAGUCUGCCAUUGACUAUAAAUAAUGUGAAAUCAGCCAAUGAUAAUUUGUUAAGUUUAAAAGAAAGUGUGACGCUGGCCAAUAAGUGA